UCCCUCUCAUCCCUACGAUGCUGCCCGGCGUCUUCUUUCUCUCCUGGCUCGUUGGUUUCGGAUUGGGUGCUUUGCUGGUGCAGCAGCCACAUGAUGUGGUGGUGGUGGCGGGGCAGCCUGUGACUCUACCGUGCGCCAUCACUGGUUACCAUGGCAUGGUGCUGUGGGUGAAGGACGGUCUUGCUCUGGGAGUAAACAGAGAUCUGUCGGGCUAUCCACGCUAUGAGGUAAUCGGGGACCACAGUAAAGGGGAGUACCACCUUCUGAUCCAGCGGACCGAACUGGCUGACGAUGGAAGCUUCGAGUGUCAGGGCAUCCAAGCUGCCAUCAGGUCACGGCCCGCACGUCUAACCGUUCUAGUUCCCCCUGAUGACCCAGUGAUCAUCGGAGCCCCCGUAGUGAGUCUGAGGGCGGGCGAUCCACUGAACCUGACCUGCCAUGCAGACAACGCCAAACCGGCCGCCUCCAUUAUCUGGAUCCGCAACGGAGAAGUCCUCAACGGAGCCAUGUACUCAAAGACCCUGUUGCGGGAUGGCCAGAGGGAGAGUACGGUCAGCACGCUUUACAUCUCACCAUCCAACAUCGAGAGCGGUCAGCGCAUCACCUGCCGUGCCUCCAACAAAGCAGCUCCCAACGGCAAAGAGGCCACCGUCACCAUCGACAUACAGCAUUUGCCUCUGGUGAACCUCUCGGUGGAGCCUCAGCCGAUCCUGGAAGGAAAUCUGGUCAAGUUCCACUGCUCAGCCAAGGCCAACCCGCCGGUCACUCACUACAGGUGGGCGAAAGGUGGAAGCGUGAUCAGAGACGUGCUGGGAGACAGCUACGAGGUGGUGGUGGACCACUCCUUCUUCACCGAGCCCGUCUCCUGCGAGGUGACCAACGCCCUGGGCAGCACCAACAUCAGCCGCAACGUAGACGUCUACUUUGGGCCUCGUCUGGCAGCUGAACCGCAGUCGCUGCAGGUGGAUUUGGGCUCUGAUGCUGUGUUCACCUGCGCAUGGACGGGAAAUCCCUCCCUCACCAUCGUGUGGAUGAAACGGGGACACGGAGUGGUGCUUAGCAACGAGAACACCCUGACCCUGAAAGCAGUGAAACAAGAGGAUGCUGGGAAAUACGUGUGUCGAGCCGUGGUUCCUCGGGUUGGAGUCGGGGAGAAGGAGGUGACCCUCACAGUGAACGGCCCUCCCACUAUCUCCAGCACCCAGACCCAGCAGGCUCUGUACGGCGAGAAGGGCCAGAUCAAGUGCUUCAUCCGCAGCACCCCUCCUCCGGAUCGCAUUGCCUGGUCCUGGAAGGAAACAGUGCUGGAGUCGGGAACGUCGGGGAGAUACACUGUGGAGACGGUCAGUACGGAGGAAGGGGUCAUCUCCACGCUGACCAUGAGCAACAUCGUCCCCGCCGACUUCCAGACCAUUUACAACUGCACGGCAUGGAACAGCUUCGGCUCCGACACGGAGAUCAUUCGUCUAAAGGAACAAGGGUCCCUGCGCUUGGCCGUCAUCAUCGGGGUUGCAGUGGGAGCCUUCCUGGCGCUCAUCGUCCUCAUGGGGACCCUGGGGGCCUUCUGCUGCGCUCGUCUCCAGAGGAAUCUCAAAGGGGUUGUUUCGGCGAAAAACGACAUUCGUGUAGAGAUCGUUCAUAAGGAUCACAACGCGGCCAGAGAGACCGAGGAGCACACGAACGUGAAGCAAAUGAUGAUGGAGCGUGGUGAGUUCCAGCAGGAGUCAGUUCUGAAGCAGCUGGAGGUGCUUCAAGAAGAGGAGAAGGAGUUCCAGCACAUUAAGGACCCAACUAAUGGCUACUACAGUGUCAACACCUUCAAGGAGCACAGCACGCCUGCCACCAGCCAGACCGCUGAGGUUCGCAACCCUGCCACCGCCACCCUGGGCAAGCAGCGGGUCCCCACCGGAAUGUCCUUUACCAACAUCUACUCCACGCUGGGCCCCGGGCCCAACCACAGGCUCUACGACUACGGCGGGCGCUUCGUGCUGGGCAUGGGCAGCAGCUCCAUCGAGCUGUGUGAACGCGAGCUCCAGCGAGCGUCCCUCAGCGACUCCAGCUCCUUCCAGGACACGCAGUGCGACAGCAGCGUCAGCAGCUACAGCAGGCCGGACAACGGCUACGCACCCUUCGACAAGGCCAGCAAGGCCUCGGCCUCGUCCUCUUCGCAUCACUCGCAGUCGUCCUCGCAGAACUCGGACCUGACGCGGCCCCUGCAGAAGCGCAUGCAGACCCACGUGUGAGGGCCCGAGGGAGC